AUGGCCUCGGGCCCUGGAGGGAGCUGGGGUCAGCCCCCACCGCUGAGUGCAGCCGGGACGCCCGGGGUGACCGUCCUGCAGCCUGUCACAUGGGCCGCCCCACCGCCGCCCCCGCAGCCCGGCCGAGUGAAGGAAGACCUGCUGGAACUGAUGUUGCUGCAGAACGCGCAGACGCACCAGCUGCUGCUGAGUCGCCUGGUGGCAGCCGCGCUCCACCCGGGGCCAGCCUCUUGCCACCCGCAGGUCUACCUGGAGGGUCCACAGGAGGCGGAGGAGGAGGAGGAGGAGAUGCAAGCCCAGGAGGAAGGGCCUUUGGUGUUUCAUCACCACUACCUGCCCUGCCCAAUGCCCGUGCUGGGCCCCUCGCUACCCUGGCCAGUCCCUUUCCUUUCCCUGCCCCCACAUCAGCCUCACUUGCAGGACACAUCCAGGAUUCAGCACUGCCCUCCUGCCUCUGGGAAAAGGAGGGGAAGAACCAUAACCGUGCCCCCACCCCCACCCCCCAGUGCCACAGGCACUGUGGGUGCGGAUGUACCCCCGGCUUCAGACUACUAUGAUGCCGAGAGCCUCCCGUGA